AAAGCCCCUAAAUCUGGAUGAUGAUUAAAAUAAUAUCACUUCUCUGUUCUUCCAAAUCCCAAUCGACGAUUCCAGAUAAACUCUCUCUCAAUCAAAAUCUCACUGCAAACAUUGCUUCCGAUUGACCUGUAAUCUGUUGCUCCAGCUCAUAUCGAUUCCAGCUUGAAGUAUUGAGACUGUAUUGAAAUGGAUAACAGAAGGUACAAUGGCAGACAGUACAUACAAAAAAGGCAAUACAAAGCAGACGAGGAAGAUGAGGCUUCUGUUCUUGAGGAGUUCGCUGAAGAAUUUCGCCUACCUAUUAAUCAUAGGCCAGUAGAAAACGUCGAUCUUGAUAAUGUUGAACAGGCAUCAUUAGACACACAAUUAACAUCGUCCAAUGUCGGUUUUCGACUUCUUCAAAAGAUGGGAUGGAAAGGGAAAGGUCUUGGGAAGAAUGAGCAAGGAAUAACCGAGCCCAUCAAGUCUGGAAUAAGAGAUUCAAAGUUAGGGUUAGGGAAACAAGAGCAAGAUGAUUUCUUUACCGCAGAAGAAAACAUUCAGAGGAGGAAACUCGACAUCGAACUCGAGGAAACGGAAGAAAUCGCAAAGAAACGGGAGGUUAUGGCGGAUCGAGAGCAUAGAAUUCAAUCCGAGGUCAAGGAAAUACGGAAAAGUUUCUAUUGUGAGCUUUGCGACAAGCAGUACAAGUUAGCGGUUGAAUUUGAAGGUCACCUUAGCUCAUAUGAUCACAAUCAUAGAAAGCGUUUUAAAGAAAUGAAAGAAAUGCAUGGAAGCAGCAGUCGUGAUGAAAGGCAAAAACGUGAACAACUGCGUCAGGAGAGGGAGAUGGCCAAGUUUGCUCAGAUGGCUGAUGCCCAUAAACAACAACAGCAGCAACAACAGCAGCAGCAGCAACAACAAGAAGAUUCUGAAAAAAGUAAUCAACCUGUGAAGAAUGCUACUGUUCUUGUAGAUCAAGAUCAAAGGAAGGCGUUGAAAUUUGUAUUUUCUUCAAAAGUCGGUGCAUCCAAGAGUUCUAGCAAGUUUGUUGCAAAGAAGGCAAAAACACCUAUCGCGUCGGUUUUUACCAAUGAUAGUGAUGAAGAAUAGUGUUUACCUGAAAAUAAGAAACAGUUCAGGAAGUUGUACUCUACUUGAUGUACUUGUAAACUUAUAAUCUUUUUUUUCUUCUUUUGUUUCUCUUGACAUAGAAUUUAUGGUUCCAUACUUUUUUUUAAGUGAAUUAAGGUAUUGGCUAAUUUUCAUGUCA